AAUAAGUGACCCCCGUCCCCAUUCCUCCCUGGCACAGUGCUUGGCACAGAGUAAGCGCGUAACAAAUCCCAUCAUCAUUAUUAUCUGAGUCCUCCGUCCUCCCGGUCUCCAUGGAGUCCCCAUCCUCGGCCGGAGCCCCCGCCGGGGGGAUGAGGGAGGAUGGGCAUCCCCCCCGCAGCCGGCGGGAUCCUCGAUGAGCCCCCGCCCUCCGCCUCUUCUCCGGGAGGCUGGGCAGCGCCUGGUCCUGUCCGCUCCCCUCCCCACCCUGCCCCGAAAGCUCCGCGCCCGUCCCGCCUGCCCAGGCCUCGCCCACACCCUGCAGUGCCAAAUACAGAACUAUGAUAGCAACUGGCGGAGUGAUAACGGGCCUGGCAGCCUUAAAGAGGCAAGACUCUGCCCGAUCCCAGCAACAUGUCAACCUCACGCCUGCACCCGCCGCACAAGAGAAAAAGCCGGUCCGACGUCGGCCCAGAGCCGAUGUAGUUGUGGUUCGGGGGAAGAUCCGACUCUACUCUCCCUCUGGAUUCUUCCUCAUCCUGGGAGUGCUCAUCUCUAUGCUCGGGAUCGCAAUGGCUGUCCUGGGCUACUGGCCCCAGAGAGAACACUUGAUUGGUGCAGAAGCCAGACUGUCCACCAAUCAGACCCGAGUCAUCCGAAGCCAAGGGGGUGUUGUGGUUCACUUCUUUGAGCAGCACCUACACUCGGACAAGAUGAAAAUGCUUGGCCCUUUCACCAUGGGCAUAGGCAUUUUUAUUUUCAUCUGUGCCAAUGCCAUUCUGCAUGAGAAUCGCGACAAGGAAACCAAAAUCAUACACAUGAGAGACAUCUAUUCCACUGUCAUAGACAUCCACUCAUUGAGAAUCAAAGAACAAAGGCACAUGAAUGGAGCCUACACCGGGUUAAUGGACACUGAAGUCAAACAGGAUGGGAACUCCUGUGCCGCAAGGUUGGCGGCCAACACGAUUGCCUCUUUCUCAGGGCUCGGGGGCACGUUUCACCCAGACAGUUCGGCCGGAGAUGAGGAGCUGGCUCUCAAUGAAAACAGGGGCAUCGGGCAUCCGAUACCACCCUUGCUGUCAGAGAGCUCUGUCUCUAUCUUUGGCCUUUAUUCUCCCCACAACAAGGCAACAGAUGACAAAAGCAGCGGAUUGAAAAAAUGUGAAACCAAGUCCAUUGUCUCCUCCUCCAUCAGUGCUUUCACAUUGCCCGUGAUCAAACUCAAUAACUGCGUCAUCGACGAACCCAGCAUCGACAACAUAACUGAAGACUCAGAGUUCCAUAGGAGCUGCGCUCGAAAUUUGUCAAUGGAUUCGCUGGCCGUUCCCGUGCCCGAUAUCAAUGAAUCCUACGAGCCCGCCAACACUGUUCUUUCCAGAAACAACUCAGUUGGUGGCUCUCCUGCCUGCCAAUAUAAAUCCUCCAUGGCGCUAGGACCUAGCACUGGGGAGUUAUUGUCACCCAGCACAGCUCGGAAACAGUUUGGGUCCAACACAUCUCUACAUCUGCUCUCUUCACACUCAAAAUCCUUAGACUUAGAUCGGGGUCCUUCCACCCUGACGGUACAGGCUGAACAGAGGAAGCAUCCGAGUUGGCCAAGGUUGGAUCGCAGCAACAGCAAGGGGUAUAUGAAACUGGAGAACAAAGAGGAUCCAAUGGAUAGGUUACUGGUGCCACAGGUCUCCAUCAAAAAGGACUUCACCAAUAAGGAGAAACUUCUUAUGAUAUCGAGGUCUCACAACAACUUGAGUUUUGAACAUGAUGAAUUUUUGAGUAACAAUCUAAAGCGAGGGACUUCAGAAACAAGAUUUUAGUGUACAAAAUAAAGUUUUACAAGGUAUCGUAUUUUAAAAUCAUUGGCACGAGAGGUUCUUUGUCAAAGUUAUGGUUGUAAGCCAGUUUUAACCAAAUGGUUACUGCAUAUGUGAAUUGGUUUCUCUGAGCAGAGAUACUGAUUUCCAUAAGGAAAGAGAUUUGACGUCUCAGUAACAUACAACUGUAACACCAAAAGAACAUUAUCAUGACCCAGUAACUUUUGGUUUCUAUGAAAGCAUGAUCUUUUUUACCCCUGUAAGGCAAGAAACCUGCCUCCAAAUUAAAGCUCACCUCUGCUUCUGUUUUCAGUUCUUUCUUGUUUGCCACAUUCUAAAGAUGAGGCUUCAGAACUAGAAAAACAAAGGACCUGAGAUUAGACUGGAAUGAUCAGUUCCAGGCCCAUAGACAAGAUCUAUUUUUGUACAGACAGGAAACUUGAAAACCUAAGGAGGUCAUUUUCAGAAAAAUUGUUUACAUGAAGGGCUGGGAUGGGUUAAAAAAAAGACGGAGCAAAUUAGGUAUCGUGUUAUGUGUGAAUUCAUUGCAAUUGGUCAAGGUAUAUACUAAUGUUGUAAACUCUCUCCACUCUGCUUUAUGCCUUUGUCUUUCCAAUUCCAUGAUAUUUUAGUGGAGCAAGUGGAAGAAAUUAUAUACUCCCAUGCUGUGGUUCAGAAAUGCAGAUAGCUUUAAGGACAAAUAGCAAAGCUUGUCAGAAGAUUGCAACUUUAGAAACUCAAAAAGACAAUGUAUUCAAAUGGACUAAACUACAAAUGAGAAAAUGUGACUGGAAAUAGAUUUCCAUCAUCUGAAAUUAACUCCUCAAGCCAAGAGAAAGUUUUCAAAUAUUCCAUACUCUUUGCAAAGGACAGAGGUCUUAGUUUCAUAUUAACCAAUCUGUUCCACUGUUCAGCUUGGGGCACCCACUCUGUAUUUUUGAAAUUCCUGCCUUCUGAGGUAUUAAUGAGUUUGACUGUUUCUUUUCUUUUUUAGCUUUGCCUAAACCUAACUAGAUGCCUCAGUAAAAAUUUAGCCCCAUUUUAAAUUGCCUUGAAGUUCAGCUUUUAAAUAACUCUUAGCAAAGCAAAACCCUAUGAAGCUUUUAGCAGAAAAAGUUAUAGAAUUGCAGUUGUUGGCUGUCGCAAAGGAAAUCAAUGAUAAAAUAGAUAGGUCUACUGGAAAAUUUUCUCAUUUUCCAAAAGACAUUCAAGUGAUCAUUCAUAUGCUGUGUUUAAUAUUCAUAUUUAGCUGAAAUACUCAGGAAUUGUUUUUCAUGGCUUUUCCCAAAAAUAGCCAAAUGUUAAAAUGUUAAUAUGCCACAGUUGUUUAUGAAGAAUGGAAGACAGAAAUAUUUCUAUUUCCAGCUCCAUACAUGUCCACACAGUGAUAUUUGCUCAGUGAAUCAAGGCAUAGUGCAUUUGUUAGAACCUCAAUCUUCUCGAUUGUAUCAGACUGGGCUAACUAUUUUGCUAUGAAGCUUUUAUUACAUUUCUGGUUCGUGUUCUUAAUACAUUUGCUAUUUUUUGAAAUAAAAUUAA